ACAGUCUAUUAUCUGAGGGAUUAACUUUUGAAACAACACAUCAUCUGGAUAUAAUAUGGAGACAAUACAACUCUGUCUUUUCAUGGCACUGUGUCUGGGAAUCGACGGGUCGUCUUCAGAAAUUUUGCAGCGACAAAAAAGAAACUGGAUCAUAGAUUCCUUUAGUAUAGACGAAGGCUAUAGGGGAAGUUACCCAUAUUCACUUGGCACAGUUAAAGUUGAGAAGACCCUCACCCUCUUCCAGAUACAUGGUCAAGGUGUUGAUGAGGACCCCAAAGGCAUAUUACAUAUCAACAACCGCACAGGGGAGAUUACUGUCCACGGCCCUGUUGACUAUGAGACAUACCAGGAGCUUAAGCUGGUGUUUCUGGCUCUUGAUAGAGACAGUAGAAUAAUAGACACACGGCUGGGCAUUGAGAUAUCAGUUAUUGACGCAAAUGAUCACCCUCCAAAGUUUGACCGUGAAAUCUAUGUGAUCAACAUAAAAGAAUCUACGUUACAAGGCACUAACUUGAUUACUAUUCAAGCAACAGAUAGUGACAACGGGAAGAACAAACUAUUUACUUUACGAAUAGUCUCCACCAGUUAUAAAUCAGAGGAAGUGGAGUUCUACAUAACUCAGAUGGCUGGUACUCAAACUGGAACCAUUUCGUUUAAAGGGUGUCUGGACCAUGAAAAAGCAGAGAAACACAUCAUUAUAGUAGAGGCCAAAGACCGUGGAGAAAAACUACAGCUCUCCAGCUCCUGCACUGUCAUAAUCAACAUAGAAGAUGGAAAUAACCACAGUCCUGAGAUCACAGGACAAAGAGGUCCAGGGAAAGUGAAAGAAGGAGAGAAAAAUGUCCUUGUUUCACGGCUGCAAGUUAAAGAUGAAGACGGCAAAGGUACAGAUGCCUGGAGAGUGAAAUAUCAAAUCCAAGGAGAGGCAGGCAACUACUUCAGAAUCAGUACUGAUCCUGACACAAACGAGGGACUACUCUAUGUGAAGAAGCAUCUGAACUAUGAGGAUGGUCCUGCAUGGAAUGUGACUAUCAGUGUGGAGAAUGAACUCCCCUAUUAUUCGUGCAGAGUGGAGAGUAAAAGUGCCGCUGGUCUUUGGAAAGUCACUACUAUUAGUGCUGCUAGUGGUGGUGGUGGUGGGGCUGUGACAGGGCUGAGAGAAGGAUCAUCCAUAUACCAAUUGACAGUGUCUGUGGAGGAUGUCAAUGAGUCUCCGAUCUUCGACGAAUUCAACAAAGAAGUUCCAUUGUUUGAGAAUAUUGAGGGGGGACAGUAUCUGGUUACAUUUACAGCUAAAGACCCUGAUGUCAGCAGCAAAAACACAUUUGUAUACAUAAAAGGAGAGGACCCCGCUGGCUGGGUUACAGUGGACCCCAAAACUGGGAAAGUAACCACAUCAAAGAUGACAGACCGAGAGUCAGUCUUUGUGAAUCAAAGUAUCUAUGUGGUCAACAUAUAUGCCGUUGACGAUGGUAAACCUCCAAUGACAGGCACUGCAACCCUCACCAUCCACAUUAAAGAUGAGAAUGACAAUGUUCCUUCCCUGACUGAAACUAUAAUUGAAAUGUGCCAGUCCGAUCGACCCUCAUGGGCCAAAAUCACAGCCUUGGACCUGGAUGAAGAGCCCUACAGUGGGCCUUUCAGCUUCAAGCUCCACGGAGAUGUUGAUGGCAAAUGGAAGAUCGACCCUUUGCAAGGGCAUUCAGUCAACCUGGUGAAAGAGAUGACAGUUCAUUCUGGACACCAUGAGUUGGUGGUAGAAGUCUCUGACGCUCAAGGCGAGGCCGCUGUCCACAACCUGUCAGUUACUGUGUGUAACUGCUUAGACACAGAGAAGCCAAACUGUCGCAACCGCAAAUCUUUUACCUCCUCAGCAGGACCAGGAGCAUUUUUCAUCAUCAUUUUCAGCAUAUUAUUUCUUUCAGCUAUGCUACUUUUGGCUGGUCUCGUGACAUGUAAGAAACAAUUCAAACCAAGCCCAGAUUACGGUUUGGGACAAUAUCUGAAGAACUGUAACACUGAGGAGCCAGGAACUGACUGCAAAGUGGCUAUUGGUGCAUUAAACGAAGUAGACAGUCAGACUGUGGAACAAAUCGAAACAAAGCAAUCAAUCCCUAAGCUACCAGGUCUAACAGUGACUGACCAUUCCACUUCAGGGUACGACAUGUCCCAAGCUAAAAUUCAACAGCAAAUGAACAAUUUACACUGGGUCACGGCUGAAUCACGGGGGGGCUGUAUAGAUUUAUCCCAGAGCCAGAACUUAAUGGAACAAAGUUUUUCACGCAAGAACUCUAAGCAUUGGGUCACGGCUGAAUCACGGGGUGGCUGUAUAGAUUUAUCACAGAGACAGAACUUAAUGGAACAAACUUUUUCACGCAACAACUCUGCGCGUUGGUCAAAGGGUGCAUCAUCAACCAUGAGAAUGAAACAGCUGCAGGGACAGUUAAUGUAUAAGACUUGGGGAGGACACAGUAAAUACUCAGUUCAAGAGAAUAUUGAAAUCAGACGUGAGAUUCUGCUCCAAAUACUAAAUAAGAGGCUGUACUCUCUCCAGGCACCCGGAGUGGAGCUGUGUGAUUAUACUCCUCAUGUGUAUGCUGAGGAGGGAGAGACAAGGCACAACUUUGAGCUUGAUGCAAUCUCCAUCUCCGAUAUUUCCUUUGACCCAGACAUGGACCUGGAUUUAAGGUUUAGUACCCUGGCCUCAAUCUGCAUGCCUAAUGAAAGCACUGUCUACAGUACGAAAACCUCUUAUGUAACAGAAAAACUUAAGACAGGAACUCUGAUCCAAGUUGAAAGCCAUGAAACUAAAAUGAACACUCCACCAUAUUUGUGAGUUGUAGGUAAUUUUGAAUUCUAAAUGUUACAGGGGCUUUGAGCAUACUCUUAUGCUACCUUCAGCUACAUUUGGCUUCAUGAAUGACUGUCUGGGAAAAUUUGAACAUUAGAACUUAGAUAAUACCAGGCACAGGUUAUCGCAAUUCUAAGAUAUGGAUUUUUGAUGCAUGUUCAAAGUCAGAUGCUGAAAUUAUGUUGUUGUUAUGUUUGUUUAUCAUUAUAAGAUAAGGGACUAUAUUCUCUGGAAAGAAAGAAGCUUGCGCAUACAAAGCUGAAUAUGUCUGUUAAUCAAAACUGCACUGAUUCCAUUUAACUUUGCGUUAUCUCUUUGUUGGUCAUAUAAUUCAUCUGAUUUCUGUGCUGAAAUUUUGAGAUGAAAAACAAACAACUUUUGCUGUUGUAACAGGACAAGGCAAGAAGAGUUCAGUCAGGAUUGCUACAGAGACGGUUGUUAGCAACUGAGAUGUUGCAUCAUAGAAUGUUACUGGACCUGUUUUUAAGUCCAGUGCGUGAAAGAUAAAAUGUCAUUCCUACUGAAGGUCAAACAAAUCUAAGACAAAAAAUUCCAGGAACAAGAGGCAACAAAUGUGUCACUUAAAUGCUCACAAAAAGUACACUCUCCUGUUGGAAGGCCUUUUUCUACACAGCAGCACUUGAUACAAACGUUAGCAUGAUAAAAUGCAAGCCACACAGAACCAUGGUUAUGUAGUCAGGGGCAUGAGAACACGGUUUGGCGAGAUAGGUUAUCAUAACACAGUAUUAACAAUGAAAGCCGGGUUGUGGGAACAGUUGAGAAAAAUCAAAAAUUGAAUUUUAGUAUAUACUUUCAAUAGUCAAGUCAAUAUGGUGUAUAGUGAAAAAAAGUUUCUUUCACUACAGGUUACAUUUAGUAUUCAUACAAUGAUGAUCUAUUGUAAUGACAGGGAAAUGGGUGUCUCAGUGUGUUUGGGGUUCUUAAAAAUGUAUGUUAGGCAAAGUUUUUGCUUUCACUUUUUUGGGAUGUUUUUUGAUGUGUUGUUUUAGCAUUUGCUAUGGUCACAUAAAACAGUAUAAGUUUGUCGUGCUUUCACUGUUUUCAAUAUGACUGUCAAAAAUAUGCAGGUAUGUCACUAUGUAAAUAAAAUACUUUUGAAGGACGAA